AUGGUGGAGAUGAAAAGAUGUAGGUAUGAUAGUAGGAUGAAGUCGCCUCUUUCAUCUCCUAGUCGUUCUAGAAGUCCAAGUUCGUCUGAUCAGGACCCUGCGGACAAGGAUCCAGCUCCGAGUCCAUCAUCAUUAGGAGGGCACGAGCUUGAGCACUACUAUUCGACACCGCCAAAACCAGCUGAUGAUGAUGAUAACGUGACGUCAGAGUCACCAUCAACAAGUUUCGCUGGGCCUGAUGCACCUUAUGACAUUCAUGGUGGACGAUCAUCAUCAAAAGGAAAGCCCAAAAAAUGGAAGCCGAAGCGGUCACCACCACCUCCUCCUUCUCCUGCUGCGCCUGCGCCAUUGCCUCCUAAGAAUAAUGCAAGCGCCGCUGCUGAGAUGGGUACUGUUGGGACUCGGUUUGGUUUCGCUUUUGGUUGCGUUCUUCUGGCCAUCAUGAACAAUCAUAUGUAUUAA